AAUCCAACUAGAAGAGGAGGCGAGACUACAACAACAAAGAACCGGUAAAACACUGCCACCUUAGAAUCAAGUCAAAACCUGAAAGAAACUUAAUUUCAUUUGAACUACUUUACCUAGAAUUUCAUAUUCAAAGGCCGUCAUGAAGGUCUUAGGGGUAAUUCUUGCGAUGAUUUUUCUCCUGAACGUAUAUACUAGUAGUACAACGAAUGCCGCCGAAUCACCAUCAGCCUUCCAUUGUGGUGGUGACCAAUUUCAGUGUGUCGCAAAUCAGACAUGCAUUGUAAGAAGGUGGAGAUGUGAUGGUGAACCAGAUUGUGAUGAUGGGUCUGAUGAAAAGGACUGUCCUCCAAGAACAUGCCAUUCAGAUCAAUUUCGCUGUACAAAUGGUAAAUGUAUUCAAAAGUCCUGGGUUUGUGACAGAGAAGAUGACUGCAAGGAUGGUACAGCAUCAGAUGAGCAAAAUUGUGGAAACAUAACUUGUGGACCAAAUGAAUUUGCCUGUGCAAACAAAAACUGUGUAGUAGCAUUAUGGAAAUGUGACAAGCAUGACGACUGUGGAGAUAAUUCUGACGAAGACCCAAAGAUUUGCAAUACCCAUGUGCAUACAUGUUCACCGAGUCAAUUUACCUGCAGUAGUGGCCAAUGUAUUUCAUCCAGAUGGGUGUGUGAUGGUGAUAAUGAUUGUCCUGAUGGAAGUGAUGAGAACCCCAGCCAAUGCUCUGCUAAGACUUGUCCCCCAAAUGAGUACACAUGUCAAGGAUUAUCUAAGAAAUGUAUCCGGUCGUCAUGGCGAUGUGACGGCGAUCGCGACUGCCCGGAUGGCGAUGACGAAACUAGUUGCCCUCCAGUUUCACUCAAAACGUGUGCAAGUGGGAUGUUCAAGUGUAAGAACAAGGAAUGCAUCCUGGGACACUGGCGAUGUGAUGGAGAGGAUGACUGUUCUGAUGGCAGCGAUGAAUUAAACUGCCAUAUUUCCAAUUGUACUAGCUCCCAGUUCGCUUGCUCAAGUGGUCGCAUCAAGUGUAUUGAAAGUAGAAAACGUUGUGAUGGAAGACGUGAUUGUUCAGAUGGAUCUGAUGAGCAGCGAUGUGCUCCAUCAGUGCCAUGUACGCCAGACCAGUUUGAAUGCGGCUUGACAUCGGUCUGUAUUCCAAAAGACCAGGUGUGUGAUGGCAAUAAUGACUGUCCUAACGCGGAGGACGAGCCCAUGCGGUGUAAUAUCAACGAAUGUCUUGACAGUAACGGUCACUGUGAUCAUUUCUGUCAUGACCUUAAUAUUGGUUACAACUGCAGCUGUAGAGAGGGCUAUCAGCUUCAGUCCAAUGGUCGCGUAUGUGAAGACAUCAACGAGUGCUUGGAGUAUGGUAAAUGUAGUCAUUUAUGUGAGAACACUAAAGGAAGUCACAAGUGUGUCUGCCAGCCAGGCCAUUUGUUGGAACCAGACCGUAGAACUUGUAGAGCCACAGGUCCUGAACCAUCUCUCAUGUAUUCAUCAGUGACCAGUGUUCGUAAAAUGACUCUUGAUGGUUCGUCAGCUUACAGUGUUAUCACCAACAGAAAGGGCGUUGUCGGUUUGGACCUUGACUUCAAGACAGGCAAAAUUUUUUGGACGGAUACAAAAGCGAAAAAAAUCCACCGAGCAAAUUUUGAUGGAACAGCAAUUGAAGAUAUCGUAAGUAACGUCAGCGUUCCAGACGCUAUAGCAGUCGAUUGGAUUGGACGAAAGAUGUACUGGACUGACGGAACGUUGAAUUUUAUCGAAGUGGCUGAACUUGAUGGCAGUAAUAGAAUGGUCUUGUAUUCUGAGGGACUGGAUGAUCCUCGUGCAAUUGCUGUGGAUCCAUUUAGAAAGUACGUUUACUGGUCGGACUGGGGUUACAACGCACGUAUUGAACGAGCAAGCAUGGACGGUGCUGCAAGUUCCCGCCAAGUCCUCGUGAACACCAAUAUUGGCUGGGUUAACGGAUUGACUAUUGACUAUAACAUUGAUCGAGUAUUCUGGGUGGACGCAAAAGUCAAGACAAUAGAGUCUAUGUCGCUGGAUGGCUCGGACAGGAGACUGGUAGCAAGGAUUCCAUCCCAACAUCCCUUCGCUGUCACAGUGUUUGGCGAUUACCUGUAUUAUACGGACUGGACGAGGAGGGCCCGGUCGAUACGUAAAGUCAAUAAGUUUACUGGCGGGGAGAAGAAAAUCGUAAUAAAUCUGCUGUGGGCUCAUAUGGACAUCAAAGCCGUUCAUCCCACAAGACAACCUAAUGGAAGCAAUCCAUGUGCUCCCAACAAUGGGGGAUGUAGUCAUCUGUGUCUGUUGUCUUCUGUGACUACAACCUACACCUGCAAAUGUCCCACUGGAAUGAACAUGUCAUCCAAUGGCAAGACUUGUAUUGGUAAACCAUUUACUGGCCAACCAACUGCUUCCCCAACAACCUUAACAACUACACAAACAACAACACAAACAACAACACCUCAAUCCACAACAAAAUCUAACAACAUUGGCAAACCGACCAAAGAAUCUGUAAAACCCACGCAAAAGGGGACUGGAAAUGCUACAGAAGCUGUGCCAACGACUCAAGAAAAUGCAAUUGCAGCCAAACGGGCAGCGAAUGACGAGAAAGAAGGAGCAAACCUUAAGGUGAUUAUACCUAUAGUAGUAGUAGUAUCCCUAAUAAUUGUCCUGGUCAUCGUGGCUGCAUAUGUGUGGAGAACACGCUACAGUAACUACAAAGCUAGCAUAAGUUACUACAAGGAAUACAAAGACAUGGCUUCCAAACCACUGGAGGAAGACUUCGACGACAAUGAAACAACCAAGGUGUUCGAUGAUGGAGGACCCAGAUGUAAGGUGGAGUUCGCAUAAAGUAAGAGCAAGAGAAUAUGAACUAAGAGAAGGGAUCCUCGUGCCCCAUCAUGUGCACACUUUGAUGCUAUUUUUAGAAUCUAUUCUAAAAAUAUCAUCCAAUGUUAUCAUUUAUUUGAUCGUUUGAUUUUCUGCACGCGCAUAGUACGCGCGCGCUCUACGCUGUUUGCUAACGUUUUCUUGUUCUUUUCUUAUGUUUUUCAAUUUCCUGUCGUAUUUGCCAAGCUUUCGACGUGCACAUUCAUAUUGCAGAGUUAAAAUAACGGAAAAACCCUAAAAACAUAAGCAAACAGCGUAAAGCCCGCGCAGUAAAUGCGCGUGCAGAAAGACAAAUGGUUUAAAAAUAGCAUCAAACUGUGCACAUGAUGGUUACAAGGCUAUAU